AUGGAGGAGGGGCUAGCAUCUAACGCGCAUGUGUCAGGUUCGAACCUGCCGCAUUCUUUCGAGGCAAGCAGUCGCCAGCUUAAAGGUUCGCGCAGAAAUGUGUCUGGAAUUGAUGCAAUGAGACAUGCUCCUGUUUUUUCAGGCACCAUCGAUACCGCUGUUAUUCACCUCACGAUUGUAAUUCGUGCUGCGAGAAUGCAAGCCAAGGAUGCGUUGGGUAUAGCAAUCGAAGCUCUUAAGAAUUUGGGCAUUACUGUCAUGAUGAAAGCGGCGGUAGUGUGGAUAAAAUCACAUCCUUGGGAGAUUGCUGCCCUGAUCGUUCCUGUACUUCUUGCGGCAUGUACACCUGCUUUCCUAGGGCUUGCUGGAUUUACGGCCGGUGGUAUCGCUGCAGGUAGCAUUGCAGCAGCAACUCUUACAAGUGCAGCAACGUCGGGAUACGGUGUGUCUAUCAUCUUGGGAGGUGUCUGGGGCAUUAGCAGCGUUGUCUGCUGGGGACUCGCGGCUUGGAAGAAGGCGAGGUAA